AUAUUUGGCCAGGCCUAAAAUAUCUUCCACCAGAGCAGAGGACGAGGGAGUUGUUCAUAAAGCUUUUAGACAGCAUACAAACUUUUCUAAACUUUUCUCCUCUAAAUACUCAGCAGACUUCCUGCUGGAAAGUCAGAGCAGAUGGUCCGGGAACAAUACAGGGCAACAACACAAGGAACAAGCCUAGAACGGCCAGACCCACAGUAUGUCUACAAUAUUGGAAUCUAUGGCUGGAGAAAACGUUGUCUCUAUUUAUUUGUACUUCUUCUAAUCAUCAUCCUGGUAGUGAAUUUUGCUCUAACAAUUUGGAUUCUUAAAGUGAUGUGGUUUUCACCAACUGGGAUGGGCUACUUGCAUGUUACAAGUGAAGGUCUUCGUCUUGAGGGGGAGUCAGAGUUUCUUUAUCCUCUGUAUGCCAAAGAAAUACAUUCAAGAACGGAUAAUUCCCUUCUUUUGCACUCUUCACAAAAUGUGACUGUAAAUGCCCGUAAUGCUGAUGGUCAGAUAACUGGCAGAUUAACAGUAGGUCCUAGUAUAAUAGAAACCCAUGGCCAGCACUUUCAGAUAAAUUCUAAGAAUGGCAAAAUGUUAUUUUCUGUUGACGAAAAUGAGGUUUUAGUUGGAACGGAUAAGCUUGUAGUAACAGGACCAGAAGGAGCUCUUUUUGAACAUUCUGUGGAGACUCCACUUGUAAAAGCUGAUGCAUCUAAACAGCUCAGAUUAGAAUCCCCUACUCGGUCUUUAAGCAUGGACGCACCAAAAGGAGUUCACAUAAAAGCCCAGGCUGGGAAUAUUGAAGCUCUUUCUCAAAAAGAUAUCAUGUUGCAUAGCACAGAUGGAAUGCUGGUAUUGGAUGCUGAAACUGUGCGUCUGCCCAAACUGCCUCACGGAUCAAAGGGCAUUUCUGACAACUCUCAAGAACUCUUUGAAGUUUGUGUUUGCCCAGAUGGAAAGCUUUACCUAUCAGUAGCUGGGUUAGGGUCCACUUGCCAAGAAUAUAGACACGUUUGUCAAUAAAAGACUUCACAAAGACAGUAUGGAUUACCGCCAUACAUUUUGUAUUAAGUAUGCUGAGAGACUGCAGCUAAAAAAAGACGUCUAUGGAAGAUUUGUCUUUAAAAUCAUUGAGUUUUUAAAAUUGAAUACAAAUAUUUUUAAACCAAUGUAAAAUAGCACAAAUGAAUUAAUAUUUGGGGACAAUAAACUAAUACAAGAAAGUUUUGGCAAAAGCAUAAAGUCUGUAACUUUUGGAUUUUAUGUAAUAAAAUAAAGGAAAUAUUGAGUUA